GGAUUGUUGAAGAAACGCGAUCAGGUCGUCAAUUCCUGUAACAUGAAAAUGGUGGCCUAUGUGCUUCGUAAUUCAACUACCCCGUGAGGGAACGAACAAGAAAAGGGAUGAUGAUCGGCUUCGUGCUCAUAAGCCUCCAUAAGUCCGCGGUCUGCCAACAUGUCUCGUGUUUAUGUGGGAAAUUUGGAUCCACGAGUUACUGAACGUGAACUAGAAGAUGAAUUUAGAGUAUAUGGUGUUUUGAGAAGUGUGUGGGUUGCAAGAAGGCCUCCUGGCUAUGCCUUUAUUGAAUUUGAUGACCGCAGGGAUGCUUUAGAUGCAAUCCGUGCAUUGGAUGGAAAGAAUGGAUGGCGGGUCGAACUCUCCCACAAUUCAAAGGGAGGUGGUGGUGGACGUCGUGGCCGUGGAGGUGGGGAGGAUAUGAAGUGCUAUGAAUGUGGAGAGCCUGGGCACUUUGCUCGAGAAUGUCGAUUACGUAUUGGUCCUGGGGGGUUGGGAAGUGGACGCCGCCGUAGCCCUAGCCCGAGAUAUCGCCGUAGCCCUAGUUAUGGUCGCAGAAGUUAUAGCCCACGCGGGAGGCGAUCACCACGAUCACCGCGGCGACGAAGCAUCUCACCUCGUCGUGGACGUAGCUACAGCAGGUCACCAGUUCACCGGCGAAGUCGGCAUGAGUCACCAUAUGCGAAUGGGAAUGGGGAACGGCGCCGGAGCAGGAGCUGAAGAUGAUAAGCUGCAAGAAAGUGAAUUAGGUAUUUGUCUAUCAAUAUUUUGAAAAACUACAAAGCUUCAUGACAGCAAUACCACCCUUGUUUGGUGGGUAGGACUUGGACUUUACAGCUGAAUUCUGUGUCUGAUAAAUCACCGGCUUCUGGAAAACUGCUUUGCUGCUAGUGAUGCUUUCAGAUUCCUUGGUGGGAAGUUCUCUCGGUCGCCUGGCAUUUGGAUAGGUUAUUUCCUUCUUGAUUGUCUACGUUUUAUCCUUUAGAUUGUCUAUGAUGGUUUAGUUUCUCAUUUCUCCUCUUGGCUUGUGGCAGUUUAUCAUUAGAAAACACCGCUAGGCUUUUAUAAUAUUUACUUAGACCUGCUUCUUUUUCUUGUUGUGAGGUGGGUUUCUGCUUACAUGACAUGGUUGGAACUUCCUAGUUUCUCUUACGCGGGUUUUUGGCUC